UAUAAACUUAGCUUAUUUUCUUGUUGGCUUUCUGUUCAUUGAUACAAUGGAGCAGCUUUGCGGUGGAAUGAUUUUUAGCCACGAUCCACCUGGAUGUGCUGAGUGCUCGGAUUGUGGAGACCCAUCACGCAGUGGAAUGGAAUGUAGUGCAUUAGUGGCUAAAAGUUCUGGAGGUUAUCACGUAUGCACUAAGCCACUACUAUUGGACAAGUUUCAAGUACAGAUGUUAGAAUCCUUGACGAGCUGAAUCCUUUCAAAGGUGUCAUUGUUAGAAUGUCAAGCAGUGGAAAAGGGCACAAUUGUUCACUGUCUCAAUCCUUUGCGAUUCAACUGGAGCUCAAGGGCCAGAUUCAAUGGAGAAACUGGGGACUUGUGACUAUGCCACAACGCUACGACAUCCUUCUGAGUGUGCAACAAUCAUAUCCAUUCAUGGGAAAGGUUUUGGUUGGUUUGGUACCUUGCUGAUCCUUAUCAUAUGCCUCCUUGGAGCCUAUAUGUUUGCUGGUACUGUUUAUCGAUAUUUUUUCCUCGGAGUUCACGGUAUAGAAGCAGUUCCGAACUUGGAUUUCUGGGUCAGCUUACCGCAUAGAACGCAGAUGUAUGUAUCUUCUUUGGUGCGGCAGUUUAGGGGACCUUCAGCCAGUCAAGGAGGCUCCUAUUCUCAAGUAAAUUUUUGAGCAGCUGCAAUUUUGUUCUAUGGCAGUCUGUAGCAUGCAAAACCGCGAAUGGUUGUGCCGGGAACGAUUUUCCGAUGAUCCGUUCUUCCAUAUAACACUGCCUCUCUCCCACUUCAUCAUUCUGAUUCCAUUUUACAU